UGCGCGGUGCUGACGGUGUGGUGUGUUCGUCCAGCUCUGCAGGAGAACUUGGACCGGAAGCUGUUCGGGCAGCACCUGGUGAACAAGGUGGUUGUCAAGGCCGUGAAGGGCUUCUUGAACAACACCAACGCCAAAAAGCCUCUCACCCUUUCCUUGCAUGGGUGGACUGGGACGGGCAAAAACUUCGUCAGUAAGAUCGUCGCCGAAAGCAUUUAUAAAAGAGGCCUGCAGAGCAAAUAUGUUCACCAGUUCGUGGCAACUUUACACUUUCCUCAUGCUCACAGCAUCAACCUCUACAAGGACCAGUUGCAGUCGUGGAUUCGGGGCAAUGUGAGCAUCUGUCCCAGAUCACUCUUCAUAUUUGAUGAAAUGGAUAAAAUGCACGCGGGACUCAUUGACUCCAUCAAGCCAUUCCUGGACUAUUACGAGCUGCUGGAUGGAGUGUCUUACCGACAAGCCAUCUUCAUAUUCCUCAGCAAUGCGGGAGCUGAAAAGAUAACAGAAGUGGCACUAGAUUUCUGGAGAAACGGGAGGACAAGGGAAGACAUACAGCUCACAGAUAUGCAAAACGCACUGUCUGUGUCAGUCUUCAAUAACAAAAAUAGUGGAUUUUGGCACAGCACCUUGAUUGAUAGAAAUCUCAUUGACUACUUUGUUCCCUUCCUGCCUCUGGAAUACAAACAUGUGAAAAUGUGUGUCAGGGUUGAGAUUGAAUCACGUGGCUAUAUUGUGGAUGAAGACAUUUUAACCAGAAUAGCCGACGAGAUGACCUACUUUCCCAGAGAGGAGAGAAUUUAUUCAGAUAAAGGAUGUAAAACUGUGGAUGCAAAGCUGGAUUAUUACUAUGACUUCUAAUGCUUUGUUGCUACAACCCGCAAAGAAGCAAAUUUAACUUAAUCACAAAGUGGAGAACCUGGGACAUUUCAUUUUUAAGCACUUUUUAAAGAAAGGAACAUUGUUUUUUAACUGGUGUGUAAAUAAGCAGCAGUGCCUCUGCAUUUUUAUUCGGUCACUAGUCAUGGCUCCCGAGUGCUUCGUCCUUGUCUUGUCAAGGUAAGAACAAACUGCGUCGUGAACGCGGGGGUCCAUGUCUGACAGUGCCGAAGAUUCCUCUCGGAUCGUGUGUCAG